AUGUUUGGAAGAUCCCUUGGUACAGGAGACUAUGGCCACUUGACAAUAGAACAUGUGCCAAUGCUAUUCCGUAUCCACAGAUUGUUGCACCAACUUUCCAAUCAAGGGUUUGAGGCUGCUCAUAAACUUCAGAGGCAGCUUUAUGAGAAAGCAACAUCUCAUGAUGCAACGGACCAAACUGCCUCAUGUAAGUAUUGUAAUUUUCACUUCUAUAUGAUAAUGCUCCAUUUGUUUUGUUUAUUUCUUUGCCAUAUUUACAAUAGUUAAGAGACUCCGCUUUCUAUAAUCUUAGCUGAUUUUAGCUUUUUCUUGCAUCUAACCAAAAUUUUGAGUAUGAAAAAUAGGGAAAAUAAUAAUUUAUUGUUAAUUUUUUAAGUGUGAUUUAAUCAUGAUCAAUUAAGCUGCUAGUUGAGCCUCCUUUGAGUGAACUUAGAAGUUUUGCUUGCAAUCUAGGCAUCAACAGUUUUAUGUCUGUCAAACAUACAUCUACCUGUAUAUUUAAUUCGCAAGUCCAAGUAGUUCCUCACUAAAACAUUUGCCAGAAUACAGUAAUAGCCCGCAUAUAAGAACCUGGGUUUUAAGAACCUGUUAGGCUAAAAUUUUCAUUUUAAGCCCCUCCAAAUAAGAACCUAUUUCGGCUAAAAUUUUAAGUUAGGUUCUUAUCAGUGGGGUUGCUGUAAAAGUGUAUAGGUGGAAACUGCUGAAUUAAGAUCAUCAUCUAUUUAAAAGUAACUUGACAUAAUUUUUUUUCUUUUCAUGCUUAAGUACCAUGCUGUAUGUCUAUUGUGUUUGCCAUUCAAAUAAUUCCCCAAGUAUUUGCAAGUAGUGUACUCUACUACAGUAUCAAAGAAAGCUUUCUGACCAUCUCCAACUCUGUGAAAAUCAUAAAAUAUUAAAUGUAAAAUAUCAAAAUAUAUCCCAAUGAAAUAAAUAAUUGCAAAAUAUCAAAACAACGAAAGCUGCCAAUGGGCAAUGCCUCAGCUUCUCAAGUCAAUGUGAGGUCUUUUAAAGUGAUAGAUCCUUUAGAUACAGCAUAUCAAUAUUUGUUUCUGCUUGUGGCAAAAAUGACACAAUGGACUGGGGAGGCAUGGAGAAAGCUCUCCUCCGACAAGAUGUUUGCAAAGAAACUGUUCAUGAAGACUGGUUGCCUGAUGACAGCUGAUGUCUCGGAUGAUGAUAUGAUCAAACCUCAGGGGCUAGAGCUAUACAGUUUUUAAUUUAUUUUUGUUUUUCAUAUCUCCUCAUUGCUUGAGCUUGUUAUGAAUUUGGUAUCACAUGAGUUUCUUUGUUAUGUUUUGUUAAGGACAUAUGCUGUACUUGCACUGAACUGCCUAUAGGCAUUGCUCUAUGGUACAAAUAAAUGAUUUAUACUGUAUUGUGAGAUGAUAUUUAUAAUAUAUAUAGUAUAUUCAGAUGAAAUUCAUAUGAGAGUAUAAGAACCUAUUUUAAGAACCUCAGUAGCCUAAAUUUGCUUUAAGUACUAUUCAUAUAAGAACCUAUUUAAGCUAAAUUGAAAAAUUCAGGUUCUUAUACGCGGGCUAUUACUGUAUCAUGAAUUUCAAACCAUUUCAAUCAAUCAAUCGGUGAAAGCCUUAUUUUACAAUGACAGUUGUCAAAGCUAUUAAGCUUGCUAUGAAUGUACCUAGGUUUAUUUUAUUAUGUGCUAAUCUUUUUUUUCUUUUUUUUUCUUCAGUAGUGGAACAAAUCUUUACACAUUUGUACACAGAACUGUUUCCUGAGAUGAGAUAUGCUUUUAGAGAAGCAGUGCGUUGUAUGAAUCCAGAUUAUAAGAACAAUAUGUUAUGUUGUAGAGCUAUAGGAUGAGGAAGCUGCAGCAGUACCGUAAAUGAUUGAUUAUGUGCCACACCUUUACCCAAAAUUAUUUAAUAAGCGCCGCUCUCAAAUGAGUGUCACAGCAAUAAUUUGGGUAUUUGCAAAUCAACGACCUACCUUUGUUAUGGCCCAUGUACAUUGCUAUUUAACCUCCUUAUAGCUGCAGUUACGAGAAAAUUAAACCGAUCAAUACAUCUCAAGUGAUUAUUUAUGAGUUUAAAUUUGUAUGUCUAAUUCUUUGUAUACCAGUAAUAAAUUAAGUCUAAUUACCAAUUACAGUGGUGAGGAGGUGAAUAUAACACUAUUCAUAUAAUUACAGCAGAGCUUCAAUAACUCGAACUCAGAUAACUCAAAUUCCCCGCUAACUCUAACUAAAUUAUUUUCCUUUUCCUUGAUCACAUUUUCACUAAAAUUUACCCUGCUAACUUGAAUUACCCACUAACUCAAACUGUUUUUAAAUUUCCCUUCAGAGUUAGAGUAACCGGGGUAAAAUAAUGGUUUUCACUCUAGCAUUUUAUGAUUUAGGGUUGAACCAUGUGAUUCUAUUCUAAAUUAACAUGUCACUAAAAUUUCAUGCAAUAAGGUAACUUGUAAGGUAUUAAAAUAAUAUGAAACCUGCUUUCAGCAAUAAAUAAUAUUUUACUGUUUUCAGGAAAGCUGUUUUAUUACCAGAAAUGUAAGUGGAAACCCAAAAGAGUUGAUUGGACGAGAGAUGAAAAGGAGUGGAUAAGGAGGAUUGUCAGUAUGAGGUAA